AUGUCCCCACAGCUUCCCGUGCGCAACCCAAAACCGACGAAACAUGGAGAACCUUGUCGUGGAGGCGACUCUGAUAACUAUCGCGGACGUGGUGGUCACAGAGGAGAUGACUCCCGCGGUCGUGGUGAUUUCAGCGGCCGCGGGGAUAGAGGCGACUUCCGCGGCCGCGGUGAUAGAGGUCGUGGGGACAGGGCCGUGGGGAUAGAAGUCGGGGUGACAGAGGGCGUGGCGGAGAUCGUGGACGAGGGGGCUUCGGCCCGAAAAUCUUCAAUGGGGUUUAAUCAAAAGUUCCCCUACAGCGAGGGCCAACCUGUCCCUGUACCUGAUGCGAACGUCCAGAAGCUGGAAGAUAGCCUGGCGGAGAACCUCGUCGUGGCUCGACAAAAGACUCCCAACGGGCCUAAAUAUCCCACUCGGCCUGGAUACGGCACCAUCGGGAAACCCGUCACUCUUUAUGCCAAUUACUUUGCGUUGACAUCCGUCGGCAAACAAUUGUUCCGCUACCAUGUUGAGAUCAAGAAUGGCCCGGGCAAAGCUGAUAAGGCGCCCGUGGGCAGAAAAGCCAGACAGGUCGUGCGUCUGCUGCUGGAGGAGCACUUCGCAUCUAACAAAAAGAAGAUCGCAACAGAUUAUCGGAGCACCUUAAUCGCAUGUGUCGAGCUGUUCAAAGAGGAGAAGGCUUUCGACGUGCGGUACAAGGAUGAGGGGCAGGACGAUUACCCUGAGAACCCGCGUGUGUACCAGGUCACUUGCCAGCCUACCGGACGGAUCAGUCCAUCUGCCUUGAUGGAUUAUCUGACGUCGAGCAAUACCGAUGAACUCCUGGAUUCCAAGCCCGAAAUUGUUGCCGCUCUCAACAUUAUCAUGGGUCAUCACUCAAGAACCAUGAGGGGAUUGUUGCUGCGCGGUUUCUUCAUCAGUGUACGUGCUGCUACGGCCCGUGUCCUUCUCAAUGUGCAGGUCAAGUACAUGGCCUGCUUCAAAGAGGGUCCCCUCUCCAUGGUCAUUGAGGACUGGCAACCUGAAGCUCGGUUCCGCAACCUGUACCGCCUGGAGGCCUUCUUGAAGCCUAUGCGCGUCAAGACCACCCACAUCGAGCGCAAAAGCAAAAGUGGCAAGCCCCGCCCAGCCCCUUUCAAGACGAUAUCCGGACUGGCUGCCAAACACGAUGAUGUAUUGUUCUUCUUGUCUAACCCCGACACUCCUGGUAGUGGCCCCCCUUCUGGUCCUUCUGGUGCAGAGCCUGCAAACAUUCAAGGCAAGAGCAAGAAAGGGAAAAAGGCACCACCAAAGGCCGGCCCGGCUCAGGCUGGCAAGUACGUCUCCGUGGAGCAGUUCUUCAAGGACACUUACAACAUCACUGUGGAUCCACACUGGCCUGUGAUCAAUACCGGCAGCCGUCAGAAUCCUACUUACAUGCCGGUUGAAGUUCUAGAGGUCCCGGCUGGUCAGGCUGUUGGCAGCAAGCUGUCGCCAAACCAGACGUCUGCAAUGCUCAAGUUCGCUGUGAUAGGUCGAAAGCCCGCGGAGAAUGCCCUGUCCAUUGUGACCAAGGGUGUGAAUAUGCUGGGAAUUGGUGAGCAACAAAAUGAGACUCUGGCCACCUUUGGGAUCAAUGCUACUCCCAAGCUCAUUACUGUCCAAGGUCGCGUGCUGGCUGCCCCUCAAGUCAUGUAUGGUGGGCAAAAAGCAAUUCAAGCCAUAUUUGGCGGUUGGAAUAUGAAGAGCAUCAAGUUUGCCAAGCCUGCAGCACUGCAGAAAUGGUCAUGGCUGUGUUUUGAUACGCCCAACUCACAACGCUUCGGAAUCCGAGACGAGGAGCUUAAUGCUGGUCUCACAAAUCUGACGACGUCUUUGCAAGAAAUGGGAGUUGCCACCAACUCCCCCUUGCCGGGUAAACGUGUCCAAUUGAAUGGCAACAAUGACUCUGAAGUCAUUGGAAGGGCUGUGCGUGAAAUGCAAGCACUUCACCAGCCACAGUUGAUUUUGGGUAUCCUUCCCGCCAAGAAUACAACUUUAUACAACUGCAUUAAGCAAGUCUGUGAUCUUCACUGUGGAGUCAGGAAUGUCAACGUUCAGGCAGACAAGUUCCGCGGUGAUCAUAGGAAGGGAAUAGUUGGCGCUGAUCCUCAGUACUGCGCCAAUGUUGGCCUCAAAAUCAACCUCAAGAUGGGUGGUGGCAAUCAAUCCCUCCGUUCUCCCGAUCUCGGCAUCUUCGGGGAUGGAAAAACCAUGCUCGUGGGACUUGAUGUUACUCACCCUUCGCCCGGUUCAGCGGGCUCUGCUCCUAGUGUAGCGGCCAUUGUCGCGUCCAUCGACUCCAGCCUAGCACAGUGGCCUGCGGAAAUCCGCAUCCAAGCCGCUCGCCAAGAAAUGGUGGACGACCUUGAAAACCUACUGAAGUCACGUAUUAUACGCUGGAGAGCAGCCAAUAAAAACAAACUACCCGAGAACAUCGUGGUGUACCGGGACGGCGUCUCCGAGGGCCAAUAUGACGCCGUUGUCAACACGGAACUUCCCCUUCUACGCAAGGCGUGCACGAACACCUACCCACCCAGCGACACAAAGAAGGGUCUUCCUCGCAUCGCCAUCGUGAUCGUCGGCAAGCGCCACAACACCCGUUUCUACGCCACAAAUGAAGGCGAUGCCGAACGCUCCUUUAACCCGCAACCCGGCACCGUCGUCGACCGCGGCGUUUCUGAGGCCCGUAAUUGGGACUUUUACCUACAAGCCCAUUCAGCUCUGCAAGGAACCGCGCGUCCAGCCCACUACUUCACCGUUUGGGACGAGAUCUUCAACGCCCCCAACCCAGGAAAACCCGCCAAAGCAAACGCUCUCAACGCAGCGGACGUCCUUCAGAAAUUGGCACACAACCUGUGCUACCUCUUUGGGCGCGCCACAAAGGCUGUCAGCGUCUGUCCGCCGGCGUAUUAA